AUGAAUGCUUUGCCAUCCACAAGAUAUGCUCCUGCUGCAAAUAAAAAACGAAGAAAUGAAAAUAUCAAUGAAUUAAAUUCAAUAAAAACUCAUAUAAGGCAAUACAUGCUACAACAACCUAUUGCUAAAGAAUAUAGAAGGUUUAUUGACUUUCUAAAACAACAUGAAAAAGAUGAAGAAUUUGAAAAGAAAUAUUUCCAAUUAAGAAUAGUAAAACCUGGACCAAACGAUGAUAGGAAUGAGGCUGUACCAAUGAAUCCUAAUGAAGUAGCAUUUAUUUAUGAUACUACAGAUGGGCAUAUUCCAAAAAUGAAUAUAUUACUCACAUAUAAGCUAAAUAAACAGAAUCAACCCAAAUUAACAAGUAUAGAUAGAAAUCAUCCAUUACUUGAUUCCUUAACAUACUCAGUGUUAUUUCCAAGUGGAAAAACAACGUUUGAUACUGAAAAGAGAAAAAAUAAUAUGUUGACGUAUCCUAGCCGUCAGGGAAUACAUUAG